GUUGUAUUCAGUGUUGAAAGAGGUCUGGUUCUAAUUUGUUUGUUGUUGUUUACUUUUGUUAGAACGUGUUAACUGCAUUUUAGUCGUAGUUAUUCCUUUUAUGACUGUGAUUCUUUUCACAGAGCUGGCAUUUUUAUAGUGUUCCAAGGGUAUCUUAUUAAGCAGCCGUUUUUAAAAUUUGCCUCUGUAGCCGCCGUGUUAUUUGAAUAUUCGAGAUAUGAAAUGGUCAUCACUGGUUUAGGUUACUACGUUUUUUCUCACCUAAAAGCCACCAAUAUGCUACGAUACCUACCACUGCUUUCAUCAGAGAUCUGUUGGGAAAUGCCAAUCAAGCAACAUCAACUAAAAAUUAGGAAGAUUGUGUUUAUUCUACUGUCACAGGAAUAUGGCGUUGAAUCGAUUAUUCAUGGACACGUUUUGGAGGAACAUCCUCAACUAAUAUUCGACGAAUGAACGGCCCUAAUCAAGGACCAGCACAUACUGUAUAGUAUCACUAUGAAUGGAGAUCGUAAUCGGCCGUCUGAAUGAUUAGAAAGUUGUUGCAGAUGACUGUUGUAUCAAGAACUUCACUUAAUUCCGUAUCGUUGCUAAGCGUGAAGAUAAUUUCUUCCCAUUUUUUUGUGCUUAGAGUUUAGUUAGCAUUCUAUACAUGGAGUCAAAAGUCUAAAUUUUGUAUUAUCACCGAAUAUUUUUGUCCUCAUACAUUUUCAAUUUACACUGCGUAAUUAUAAACCGAUACUCAUUUUAUAUCUAAUCCCCUAAUGCACUCUGUAUGUGUUAAAUUGCAUCGCUUGAAACUAAUUGUGGGUUUGUUUCUUGUGUACUCGCAGCUAUCUGGCAUUUGCUUCAAGUUAUGUCGUCGACCUCGAGGCAAACUGCUUGGCGUUUUAGAUGUUACUUGAAGGCUUCAAGAAAUAAGGUAUAAUUGCGAGAACAUGCUGUAUUCGUUACUUGAUCCAUUGUAAGGAUUUUCUGUCUAAUUCCUCAUUUUCCAGUAAGAUGGAUCUCGCAAUUCAAUAAGUACAGUCAUCUUGGGAUAUCAUUCUCCGUGGGGCAGUCUCCAUCAAUACAUCAGUAAAAUGGUUGUACUGAUGUUACAGCUUGAGCAUGUUAAUUCAUUGCUUCGAAUUAGAGAAUUAUGUUUUUCACAGUUCGUGCAGCAGCUGGUUAGAAUAUCUGCCUAUGUUUCGGCAGCAUUCUUCAGUGUCACAGUCUUCACAUUCCCCCUCAACUUCCCAGACAUACUUCUCUAGAAUCCUUUUGCCGAAAGAGUCUGGUAAUGGUGUAGUUAAUCAUUCACGAAGGAGACAUUCUGUUCUAAAUGGUUCAAGUUCAAACUCAUCUGAACGUUCAAAACAAUCAUACGUUUCAGCCUAUUUUUCUCGUAAUCAAGAUACACGAAAAGGUUCACCAAGUUAUAUGCCAAAUAUCUUCAACUUCCAGCCUGUAAAUGACUAUCAUUCUCCAGCACUUAGACGUCGCAUUAUUCGAGCUGAAAGCACAAAGACAAGUCUGAUUGGAACACCUGAGCCUCUAAAUUCUGAUGUCACCAUUCAGCGUGGUUUACAGGUCUUUGAGUCAAAGAAGCGCCUUCGUGAACCUGUGACUGCUAACGCAGAAGAAUCAACCCAUAGUGUUGAUUUUGCAAGUUCUAAACGUCGACGAACCUCUGGUACGUUCGACAUAUCUACCCUAGGUUGUACAACCGAUAUUGAUGGCUUUUCCUUCACAUCACUGCGUCAAUUAAAAAACCAAGUCGUCAUCAGGAAUGUUCAUUCAAAUGCUAGCGUAGUCUCUCAUAAAAACAUUGAUCAGAAUAGUAAAUAUGUCCAAACUCAGGAAGUUAAUGAAUGUGGAGAUAAGAAAACGGAAACAGGCACUGUUUUCACAGGGCAUGUUGAGUCAUCUCGGACUACCACUCGUGGGUCUGAUGCUGCUUUGAGGAGGAAAAUUCCAUACAUGUCACCUUCUGAACUUGAGGCUCAUUUGGCGUCUACCAAAGCUGUAACAUAUUCGGAGCAAAAUUCAGUCGAUAACUCUCCGAACACGAGUGAUGUUAGUCUUACAGAAGAUGAUACGCUGCCUGUUAUGUGUAUGAGGAAGAAAUGUAAAGCUCGUAGAAUAGCAGGCGAGGAUAACCAACACAAGGGCUCAGUUACAUCUUUAGAUGUUUCUACGCCAUCUCCAGUUAAUAAUACAGCCGACUGCGAUUCUGAAACAGAUGAUUCAGAACCCACAGUUGUUAAGAUAACUUCCCUAAAUAGAUUUAUUUCCAACCUUGAAAGCCACUCGAACCCAUUCUUCAACAAAACGGAUCACUCACAAAGUAAGAGUUCAUCGUUUAAUUGUUCUCCAGGUGGGUUUGAUAUGGAGUUACGAGUGAAGCGCAUCCGUGAACUUAUUUCCGCUAAAUCAAGUAAUCACGUUUCUGUUAGUUUGCCUAAUGUAGAAGGUCAUGUUGCCACUACUUCCAAUGCAAUUAAGAGCAUUUCUCAACCUACCACUCAGAAUUUAUCUAAUCUGCAUCCUCCUCUUGUCACUUCCAUGUCAUCAUCAGUUCCGAGUGUAUCUUCUAGCUCUUCCACAAGUUUUACGUCAAGCAUUGUGUGUAGUGCUCCUUCAUUAGUUAAAACUAUCACCUCAGUCAGUAGUGCAUUAUCAUCUCCAGCGUCAUCUAAGCUUCCCGCUUUUCCUGUAUCCAGUUCAACCAACGGAAUUGUGAACACUCAGCCUGCCACGUCCACUACUGUGGCUGUGACUACAGUUGUAAGUCUGCCUGUAAGUAUAAGUUUCGGUUUUACAACUACGUCGAAUGUAUCAAGUCCACUCAUACCAACGGCUACGGUAGGUAACGUUGCAGCAACUAAGGGGACAUCAGUUGCGUUUUCUUUUCCUUUUUCCGCUUGUACUGCACAAAUCGCAAGUUCAAAGGAGUCAACUAUAACUUCCACAGUAGCAACAUCAAAAUCUCCCAUAUCAUUUCCGGCUUUUGCAUCAGGAAUAAAAGUGGGUGUUACAUCUACUCCAACUGCUUCCUCAGUAGUUCAACCUGUCGCGUUUUCUUUUCCAAGUAGUACCCCGACAACAUCGACGAGUGCGGGGACUUUUAUGACCGUAACAACGUCAACAACAACAGCAGCAGUAGUGACAACAACGGCAGCUUUUUCCUUUGUGUUUCCACUCACUUCCUCAACUUCAUCGCCGUUACAAACCACUCCUUCAAGUGCAACAUCAACAACAAAUACUUCAAGUGUUUUUGGGUCCGUGAAGCCCAUAUCUACAUUUAGUGGAUUUUCUUUUGCAAAACCGAGUUCUACACCAUUAGAGACUUCUAGUGCAUCAACUUUUGUGGCUAGAACUUCAGCUCAGAGUGAUAGUAGUAGUAGUAAAUCUUUCAACUUUGGUACAAGUAAUUCUCAGCUUCCAUCAGGAACAGCUUCAAUAUUUACAUUUGGUGCACCCAAGACAACUGUUUCUUCGCCUAAUGUAGUCCCAUCCCUUAGCAUCACUUCAAGUUCUGCAUCAUCAUUUCUGAGUUCGUUUUCCAAUCCUGCAUCUGUAACAAGUAGCUUUGCAUUCGGAUCCAAUGUAUCUAAGCCUACCACACCGGUUGUGUUCGGUACUCUUGGUCAGUCUGCUGUUACAGCAACAUCUCUUAACAGUACAAAUAAUACAGGUCUGUUUAAUUUCACAUCUCCAGCUGCUAGCAGUUCUAGUUUAUCUUUAUUUAGUUCUACCGGAUCUACCACUGUUAACUCCUUAUUCCCAACGUCUGUAUCUACUGUCAGUACUGCUAGCGUAGCAUUAUUUUCCACUCCUGUGUCGGUGUCUCAAUCCACAUCUUUCGUGAAUAAUCCUUUCACUUUGGGGAUUAAACCAGCAAGUGUAACACCUUCAACAUCUUCAACCUUAUUUGGAGCAAAUAGUCAGCUUUUUGGAUCUACAAGUUCACCGUCUAUGAAGUUCAGUUUUGGUCAGUUAACACCUAGUACUACAUCUAGUGCAGUCACUACUAACGUGUUUUCAUUCAGUCCAACUAGUGUAACGACAUCCACAACUUCUGUAACCUCCUCCAGUACACUAUUUCAGUUUGGUAAUUCUAGCUCCUUACCGAAGGCACCAGCAACUGCGGUCUGUCAAACAUUCUCUUUUGGUUCAUCUGCUCCUUUAUUUUCGUUUGGCCAGCAGUCAACAGCUGUAUCAUCUCAACCGACAAAGUCAACUUCGACACUUACUGCCGCCGCUGCUCCUGCUAUCACCAGUGCUACUAGUUUUCAGUUUGCUCCCACUACUGUAUUUCCAAGUAACAAUUCUUCGGGCAAUUUUGGAGGGUUCAACUUCUCUCAAUCUCCAGCAUCAUCGUCAAGUGUUGUUAAUCCUCAGCAAGAUACUGGGUUUAUUUUUGGUCAAACAGGGUCGAAUACUAGCGUCAGCGCCAAUCCGUUCACCUUUGGUACAUCUAGUGGUCCACCGGCCGGUCCUCGACGUCGACCUCAUUCAAGCAGGCGCUCUCGUCGUGUAUAAUUUCUAACUAUUGAGAAGAUUCAAUUCCUUUUUCAGAUGAAUAAUAUUUUUACACCAGAGCUAUUGUGUGCAAAUGUGUAAACACGAAAAAUUUCUGACCACUGGUUAAAAAAAGUCAUACAUCCCCUUAUCGUCUUCACAAUAAUUUGUAUGGAGUUUUUCAAAUUCCCCUUUUGUAUUAUGAUAGUAUUUAGAAGUUUCUGCACUUUAUCCUCCUGUGAAUAGACAGAUUUCCAACGGGUGUCCGUUAUGUGUUAUAAAUAUAAUUCCUAAUCAUUAUUUUACAUCUGGA